AUACUUGUGUAUUCUUGACUGUCGCCGUGGACCUAGUGUUGUUUGGUAUCCAGGAACCUGUGAGGUUUGUGCUGGAGACUAAAGCGAAAAUAUUUCCCAGCUCUGAGAGGUUUUGGUACCUGAGUCGAAAGGGCUAUCUGGAGCAGUUCCAUGUGAAGCUAAAACAGGUUGAGAGUAACGAGGACGGCAAAUGUUACGAGGUCCUGAAAGUGGAAAGUCAGACAGAGAUCAAGCGACGGACUCACAAUAUGACUCUCAAUCUGAGUGGAUCAGCUCGUGCUCCUCCAGAUGUGGUGAAAACCCCUCAAGAAGAGGAUUCAGAUUUGGACGAACCUCUUCUCAGUGGAUCUGGCAUUGUCAGCAAGGAGGUCACCGAUGAGAAUCACCUGGAGGCCUGGGCAGAGGCAUUGACACGCUGGCACCAGAACCUCUCCACCAGACCACGACAGAUGACACAGUUGGUGCGCAAGUCAAUCCCCGAGGCUCUGCGGGGCGAGGUCUGGCUACUGCUGGCUGGCUGCCAUGAUAACCAGAACUUGUUGGAGUCCUAUAGGGUGUUGAUCACAAAGGAUUCACCUUCUGAUGCAGUGAUACAAAGAGACAUCAACCGAACGUUCCCCGCCCAUGAUUUCUUCAAAGAUGCUGGAGGACAGGGCCAGGAUUCGUUAUAUAGGAUUAGUAAGGCCUACUCUGUCUUUGAUGAAGAAAUUGGCUAUGUCCAGGGUUUGUCCUUUUUGGCUGCUGCUCUUCUGUUGCACAUGCCUGAAGAGCAAGCCUUUUGUGUGCUGGUAAAGAUCAUGUAUGAUUACCAGCUGCGAGACUUGUUUAAGCAAGGCUUCCAGGAGUUGCACCUCAAGUUCUACCAGCUGGAGAGACUGAUGCAGGACCAGCUGCCAGAUCUGUACGAUCACUUUGCAGAGAUGGGUCUAGAGGUGCACAUGUUUGCUUCCCAGUGGUUCCUGACUCUGUUCACGGCCAAGUUUCCCCUGCACAUGGUCUUUGGCAUCUUGGAUUUGUUUCUCAGUGAGGGGCAUCUAAUCAUAUUCUGUGUGGCUUUAGCUCUACUCAAGUCAUCCCGUAAGGAACUUCUGGCUCAUGACUUUGAGGGUGUGCUGAAAUACUUCCGGGUUCACCUGCCCAAGAAGUAUAGAGGAGAGGAGUCAGCUAAAGAUCUGAUGCGACUGGCUGUCAGCAUGAAGGUCAACAACCGCAAGCUGAAGAAGUUUGAGAAGGAGUAUCUGGCAAUACAAGAACAGAAUUUACAACAAGAAGACCCCAUCGAGAGAUACGAGAGAGAGAAUAAGCGACUAAUUGAGGCAAACAUGAGAUUGGAACAAGAGAAUGAUGACCUAGCCCAUGAACUGGUGGACAGCAAACUCUUUCUCAAGAGCCAGAUAGAUACUCUAGAGGAUAGAUGCAGUGAGCUGGAGAGGGACCUGACGCAGGCCACAAAACAUUUGAAAGAAUCUGAGGAUGAGAAAAGGAGACUAGAAGCGGAGUCUAAAUCUCUGAAAGAGAUGUGUCGCAGGGAACUGGAGAGGUCAGAAACAGAGUCCAAGAGAAACAUUGCUAUCAUUGCUGAUUAUAAACAGAUUUGCACCCAGUUGAGUGAAAGAUUGGAAAAACAGCAGUCUCUGUUCAAGGAAGAGUUACAGAACAUAAAAUCUCAGAUGAAGUCUUGUGAGAAAUGCUGCUCUGUGUUCGAUGGAGACAAGAUCCGACUGGCGGACAACUCCAAGGAGAAGAAUGAUAACCCUGACAUCAGAGAGCUGCAGGCACAA